CUGACUUAGCCAAACAAGCAAAAUAAACAAAAAUGCGGCGCCUGUCACUGUGUGACGCUGUGGUGCUACGAUGUGAUUAAUUGAAAAUACUGGAUCGUUUAGGCUGUAUUUGAUCAUUUCACGCAAGCAGCCACGGUGUAUCGCACACUUAACUUCCUACUCUACGUGUUAACAGUUGAAUCUCCGCUCUGCGAUGAGCUGUGCAUGCGGCAAUGGAUAGUGAUCUGAGCCCACAGGACAAGAAAGACUUGGAUAAAUUCAUCAAAUUCUUUGCCUUGAAGACAGUGCAAGUUAUAGUUCAAGCCCGGCUUGGAGAGAAGAUCAACACUUGCUCCUCUUCAUCACCGACAGGUUCAGACUGGUUUAAUCUGGCAAUAAAAGACAUCCCAGAGGUGACUCAUGAAGCAAAAAAAGCUCUUGCUGGACAGCUGCCUGGCAUCGGCCGAUCCAUGUGUGUGGAGAUCUCCCUCAAAACCUCAGAGGGAGACUCCAUGGAGCUGGAGACGUGGUGUUUGGAAAUGAAUGAAAAGUGUGAUAAGGACAUUAAAGUGUCCUAUACAGUUUAUAAUCGGCUGUCUCUGCUGCUCAAGUCUUUGCUGGCCAUCACAAGGGUGACACCUGCUUACAAGCUUUCACGUAAACAAGGGCAUGAUUAUGUCAUACUCUACAGGAUCUAUUUUGGAGACGUCCAGCUGACAGGUCUCGGGGAAGGGUUCCAGACAGUGCGAGUGGGUAUUGUAGGCACUCCCAUAGGCACCAUCACUUUGUCCUGUGCAUAUCGCACUAAUUUGGCCCUCAUGUCUUCAAGGUAUGCAUUACAUCUUCCUGUAUGCAAGUGCUGGGCGAUAAACUGUUUUGAAUUACACAACCAGUAUGACUUUUUGACAUGUGUGUGUACAGUAAGUCAGGCACAUUUUAAGACACCUAAGCCGACUCUGAUGGCCACACUGAAGGUUCCCCUCAUGGGGCUUGGCAUCUCACAGCAACUGUACAGCUCUCGUCUGUCAUAUCAGACUCCUGCCCUGGGAACUGUGGAUUUGUGUCAUCCUACAGCUUGUACUGCUGCUGCACAUCCUCACCAGAUGGUUGUGCCCGGCAAAGAAGGUGGAGUCCCACAGGUGCCGGCUCAACCUACUCAUGGCACUGCAGCUGAGCAUGGUCGUAUCCCUUCAUGCCCCACUGGACAAUCCCCUCAGCCGGCACCGCCCACAUCCUGUAGUAGCGAGGUGAAGACUGUGUCCCCCUCUGAUGCUCUAGAGACCACCUUCACCAGGAAAGUUGGAGCUUUUGUCAACAAAGCCACCACUCAGGUGACAACAACCAGUUUGGAUCUUCCUUUUGCUGCAUUCGCUCCAAGAGCCUAUGACCUGCAGGAGAACGACCCAAUGGUGCACCCUCCUCCAUCCCCGGCUCCUUCAUCUCCUUUGCAAGGCAGCCUGCACUCAAACACCUCGAGCCACAGCGGGGGGCUGCCACAAGACGACUUUGUCAUGGUUGACUUUAAACCAGCAUUCUCUAAGGAUGACCUUCUGCCAAUGGAUCUGGGAACUUUCUAUAAAGAGUUUCAAAACCCUCCUCAACUUGCAAGCCUGUCCAUCGAUGUCAGCGUUCAGUCUAUGGCUGAGGAUUUGGAUUCUCUUCCAGAGAAACUGGCCAUUUAUGAGAAGAACAUUGACGAGUUUGACGCGUUUGUGGACACGCUACAAUAAAACAGAACAGAGAUUGCAUCCUUCUCAACUUCUUUACUCUUCUUGCUUCCUUCACUGAAGCAUCCCUCAUUGGAUGUCUACAUUAACCAUGUUUUGUGUCAGUUUUUCCUUGUGCAAUGAGCUAUGAAGAGAAUCAUCAUUCAAGAAAAAAGUGAACUGAGGUAUAAGGAGAGCAGCAUCUGUUACAGGAACAGAGCAACAUUUAAUUUCCAACCCUUGUAUUUAUUAAAAUAGCAGAACUGUGUAAGUAAAGCUCACUGUAAUGAAUGUGUAAACCUGUACCAGCCUUUAUUUUUGUUUUGCCCAUCACAACACCACAUGCAGUUCACUGACUAGUCACUGAAGCAGAUUUCUCUCAUUGUACUGCUGGCACCAUCUGAAUUCUCUUGCCAUUUUUAUUCAAGGGAAAAUGUGAAUUAUCUAAGAAAAUGUCCAGUUUUUACUUUAUAGGCUUAAACAGGAACGACACUACAAGUGAACACUGACAAUAGUGAAUUGUGAGUCUGUCUGCUUACCUGCUUCCUGUAAAUGCAUUUUACCAUGACUUUUCAUCUUUUUUUUUUUUUAAGUUAGGGACAGUUUACCAUUACUACUCGUCAGGUCUUUAAUCGGUGAGGAAUGCUUUUUUUUUAAGCUUAUGUUGGCAAGUCAUUAGGAGCUGGACCUUCUUUUAUUAUUUUAAGUGUCUUCUUUCUCUCCUCACUUUGUUAAUAUGGCAUGAAAAUGUUGUGUAAUAAACGGAUUUAUUUCAGACAGGCCUGUUUUUGUUUCCCCUACAUGCUGAACUGGUCUAAAACAUUGUGUCUUCUUUAGGCACACCUUGGACUUCACUAGCUAAUGAAUAUUCGUUAGCGCAGGCUUGGCUUAUGAAUAUUAAUUAGGGUGCGUUACUGGAAGGCUACCAAGCAACAUUUUAAAAUUCAU